AUGAACAUGACUCGCUUGUUUCAAUCUCGAACCGCGGCAUCACCACUCGGGAGAGUGUUAACAUCAUCUAGCGCGUCACUACCAGUGGGCAAAAUGGUUCCAACUUCCCAGCAAACGUACGGUACAUCCGCAACGGCCGGGCCGCUUGCACUUCAACGCCAACCCGUCCCGAAACUCUCCGAUACGAUGCAGAAGCUAGUAAGAUCUAUCGAACCGCACGUCGAUGCAACCACCCUAGCCGGGACAAAGCGUGCCAUUGAGCAGUUUUCCGUGCCGGGAGGAAUUGGCCAAAAAUUGCAAUCCUUACUAGAGCAACGUGCGGCCCAAAAAGAUAGUUGGCUUGCAGAUUGGUGGCUUCGCAGUGCGUACAUGGAGUACCGGGAUCCGGUUAUUGUGUACUCAAGCCCGGGCCUUGUCUUUCCCAAGGCCAACUACAAAACGCUCGAUGAACAGUUGCAGUACGCAGCAAAAAUGGUUUCGGCAGCACUCGCCUACAAGAUGCUUAUCGAUGGUGGCAAAAUUAAGCCGGAAAUGAUGGGUAAGAUUCCGUUGGAUAUGUCACAGUACGAGAAGAUCUUCGGUACCUGCCGUAUUCCCGGGAAGGAACGCGAUUCGGUGCAGUACAACCCACGAUCGAGACACAUUGUGGUGGCGUGCAAUAAUCACUACUAUCGACUUCCGGUGUUCACUUCUGCUGGGGGUAUUGCUAGCGAGGAACAAAUUCUCACAGAACUGAAGAAGAUCGCUACCAAGGAAGGUACCAAUCGGGCACCUCCUCUUGGCAUUCUGACCGCUAACCACCGGGAUAGUUGGGCACGUGCGUACGAUACGUUAAUGGGCGAUCCGAUCAAUCGUUCCUCGGUGGAAAGCAUUCAGCAAGCGCUGUUUGUUCUGUCGAUCGAUCAGGAGCUGCCACAAAAGCCUGGAACCGAUCAUAUCGUAACGGCAAGUGAUCUUUUGAUCCAUGGCGGAGGUUCCAACGCUAACGGUGGAAACCGGUGGUAUGACAAAACGAUUCAACUGGUCGUAGCACCAAACGGCAUUAAUGGUCUGACGUACGAACAUUCCCCAGCCGAAGGACAACCGAUCGCGGUAAUGACCGACUUCCUGCUGGAGUAUAUUAACAGCGGAAAGCGUCUCAAUACAAUGGAUCAAUCCGAAUUAAAGGAUGGAGCAGUUAAGCUGACCCUAAACGUUACACCUUCGUUACAAUCGGAAAUCGAACAAGCGGCCAAUUUCGUAGACAAACUGGCCGCAGACAUACAGAUGGACUAUGUGCACUUUACCGACUACGGGAAAGGAUUCAUCAAAACGCAACGCAUGAGUCCGGAUAGUUACAUCCAGAUGGCCAUCCAGUAUGCUUUCUAUCGAUUGCAUCACGCUCCCGGUGCCCAUUACGAAUCGGCCCAGAAUCGGAUGUAUAUACACGGCCGCACCGAAACGAUACGCUCGUGUUCGGUUGAAUCGAUUGCGUUUGCACGGGCAAUGUUAGAGCCGAAACAGGAUGGACGAUCGAAGCUGGAAGCUAUGAAAGCUGCCAUCAACGCCCACAAGGCGUACGUUUCGAUGGCAAUCCAGGGGCAAGGAGUAGAUCGACAUCUGCUAGGAUUGAAGCUGACCGCGAAGGAGAAUGGACUGACGGUGCCGGAACUAUUUUCCGACCAAGGCAUACAGCGUAGCGCACAUAUGCGGCUUUCCACUAGCCAGGUGGCAUCACGGUACGAUGCGUUCAUGUGCUAUGGACCGUUAACGCAAGACGGUUACGGAUGCUGCUACAAUCCGAAGGAGGACGAUAUGUGGUUCGGUGUGUCGGCAUUCCGUUCGAACAAGGAAACGGAUCUAGCCCGGUUCCGCGUGAGCUUACAGGAAGCGUUGCGCGAAAUGUACGAAGUGUUGGUCGUGUACGGUGAGAAGCCUAAGGCCAAGUUGUAA